GAGGCUACUGUUGUUUCCAAAAUGGCGGACGGAUCGGCAAAAUGAACUCGAAAAGGACAAAGCAUUUGACAUCAUUUUGCGUUUAUCAAAAUCUUUAGAUAUCUGUGCUUAAAGAUGCCUAACUGGUUAUUCACCCACGACGGGCUGAAUCGGACGCCAUCUCGGCUCGAUGGUAUUGAUUAUGCUACAGAAUGUCGGUACCGCAGGGAGGGCACGCGUUUUAUUAUGGAGUGCGGGAACAAAAUGGGACUACGCUAUGACACAAUGGCUACAGGAGCCGUCUACUUCCACAGAUUCUACAUGAUCCAGUCUUUCAAAAACUUCCCUCGCUGGGUGACUGGUGCAGCAUGUUUGUUUCUUGCUGGCAAAGUAGAAGAGACUCCAAAGAAGUGCCGUGACAUUAUCAAGACAGCAAAUAGCCUCUUGACUCCUCCUCAAUUUGAAGCUUUUGGUCCUGAUCCCAAGGAGGAAGUAAUGAUAUAUGAGAGAAUCCUUCUGCAAACCAUCAAGUUUGACCUCCAAGUGGAACAUCCGUACCCCUGCCUGCUCAAACUAGGGAAGGGCCUCAAAGGGGACCGUGCCAAGCUUAAUAAACUGGUGCAGAUGGCUUGGACAUUUAUAAAUGAUAGCUUAUCAACAACAUUAUGUUUGAAGCAUCGCUCUGAAGUCAUAGCAGUUGCCAUGUUGGCACUCGCAGCCAAGCUGAACAAUUAUGAUAUUCAGGCUGCAACAGGUUCAAAAGAGAAACUGUGGUGGAUCCACUUUGCCAAGACAGUCUCAGAGCCUAUGGUUAAUGACAUAAUGGAUAUGAUGCUUGAGCUGUAUGAUGGCAAGAGAAAGGAAAGAUCGGCAGCAGAGCAAAGGGCAGCAUCAGCUGACUCCAGCCCUUCUGUCACCCAGAGUCCUCCUGUCAAAAAACGGCGUGAAAUGGGAAGCACAAGUGACAGGCCAGGAACGAAGCCUGAGAGCAAGCAAGCUCCCCUUCCAUCAGCCAUCUCUACAACCACCAUGCAACAAGUAUCUCAAUCGACAGGACUUCAAGUGGAAAACAUCAGCCCUGCUCCUCCCCCAGACAAGCAACGCUGCAAGUCGUCUGACUCUAGGCCACCACCACCAGCUGAACCACAAGCACCUCUACCGCAACUAGCUCCCUUGCCCCAACAGCAAGCUCCAUUACCCCAACAGCAAGCUCCAUUACCCCAACAGCAAGCCCCAUUACCCCAACAGCAAGCUCCAUUACCCCAACAGCAAGCUCCAUUACCCCAACAGCAUGUACCCUUACCCCAACAACAAGCGCCCCUCCCUCAACAAAAAGCACCUCUCCCCCAACAGGCAACCACAAUGUAUUCUGCACCCCUUCCCACCCAGACAGCCACUUAUGGAUAUGCCCAGGCUACAGUACCGAUGGCGAUUCACUAUGCUGGCCAGUCGUACCUACAGACUGCACAGUAUGCGACACAGUACAGCACCCCUCCCCCUACAUCCUUCCCCCCUCCACCCCUUCCGCCUCUCACAACUUCCCAAAACUCCAUGUACCAGAUCCCCCCUGGAAACUUGUCCAGUCUUCAGAACCCACCCAGCUUUGGGAUGUCUCCUGUAAGACCCCCUACACACAGCAUGGCCCAAGCUAUGGGUGCACCUCCUCCGCCCUUGCCGCCAAUGCAGCCCAGAGCACCAAGAAUGGACUACAAUUGGUCAGGACAGUAUCCUCCUAAUAUGCGAGGUGGAUGGAUGCCAAGAUAGACAAUUUUGUACCUGGGCUGUUGAUAUAGGGACACUGAUCACCUGAACAUACACAGGAUUUGCUGAGGGUGUUUCUAUAGCCACAGGUAUAUAAAAAGGGAUAGAUUUUGACGAUCCUUUUAUAAGAAAUGGCCAACUUUGUGGCGGCCAAAGAGGGGUGUCCGGGCACAUCCCCUAGCUAUGUGUCCGGAUCAUAUUUUUUUUAUGGUAACUAAAAUGUACUGAAAGACCGUUAAGUUUACAGCAGUUGAAAUCAAUGAAGGAGUUGUAAAUGUAAAAUCUAUUAGUUUGCGACAAACUCCAAAACCCAAAUGUCGUGUGUGCUUAACCACAUUGUACUUUGUAAAUAAAGGAAAUACAUAUGAAAA